AAAUUAUUUACGAACUUAGUUCUUUGACAAAAAAAUAUGACAUCGCAAAAAUUAUUAUAGGUUAUUCAUUGUUAGUUUGUUAAACAGUGGCUAAAGCUAAAACUAUUAUUUGAAAUGUCGUCUACUCUAGAAGAUAAAGCUAUCUGGGAAGAUGGGGAAGAAUCAUUGGGGGAGGAAGUUCUGAGGAUGUCGACUGAUGAAAUAGUCAGCCGGACGCGUUUACUCGAUAAUGAAAUCAAAAUAAUGAAGAGCGAAGUAAUGAGAAUAAACCAUGAACUCCAAGCCCAAAACGAAAAAAUCAAAGAAAACACUGAAAAGAUAAAGGUAAAUAAAACGCUACCUUACUUGGUAUCUAAUGUUAUAGAACUGCUAGAUGUGGACCCUCAAGAGGAAGAAGAAGACGGGGCAGUUGUAGACUUGGAUUCUCAAAGAAAGGGAAAAUGUGCCGUUGUAAAAACAUCUACUCGUCAAACAUAUUUUCUACCAGUAAUCGGGCUCGUUGAUGAAGAAAAGCUCAAACCUGGAGAUUUAGUGGGUGUGAACAAAGAUUCUUAUCUUAUCCUAGAAACAUUACCAGCGGAGUAUGAUGCAAGAGUAAAAGCUAUGGAAGUUGAUGAAAGACCAACUGAACAAUACUCAGACAUUGGUGGGCUGGACAAACAAAUCCAGGAACUUAUUGAAGCAGUCGUAUUGCCAAUGACCCACAAGGAUAAAUUUGUUAAUCUUGGGAUUCAUCCACCUAAAGGAGUCUUGUUAUAUGGACCCCCAGGAACUGGAAAAACUUUGUUGGCUAGAGCAUGUGCUGCUCAGACAAAAUCAACAUUUUUGAAACUAGCUGGACCCCAAUUAGUUCAGAUGUUCAUAGGAGAUGGUGCUAAACUUGUAAGAGAUGCUUUUGCGUUAGCCAAGGAAAAGGCACCAGCUAUAAUUUUCAUCGAUGAAUUGGAUGCUAUUGGUACGAAACGUUUUGAUUCUGAGAAGGCUGGUGAUCGUGAAGUACAACGUACAAUGUUGGAGCUUUUGAAUCAGUUGGAUGGUUUUAGUUCAACAGCUGAUAUAAAAGUAAUUGCAGCUACCAAUCGAGUUGAUAUCUUAGAUCCUGCUUUACUUCGAUCAGGUCGGUUAGAUCGUAAAAUAGAAUUUCCUCAUCCAAAUGAAGAAGCUAGAGCAAGAAUAAUGCAAAUUCACUCAAGAAAAAUGACUGUUAACCCAGAUGUAAACUUUGAAGAAUUGGCUAGAUCCACUGAUGACUUCAACGGUGCUCAGUGUAAAGCAGUUUGUGUUGAAGCAGGUAUGAUAGCUUUGAGAAGAAAUGCCACUGCUGUUACCCAUGAAGAUUAUAUGGAUGCUAUUAUGGAAGUUCAAGCCAAGAAAAAAGCGAAUCUUAAUUAUUAUGCUUAAUUUCCAGCAUACAGAAAAUAAAUUAUGUGUUUGAUAAAA